UGAGGACGAGGGAGAGGGCCCAGGAUUGCAAGGACGGCGCCGCCAUUCGUUUAUGCUGGUUUGAGCGAGAUUACUUAGACCAAGGGAACAGCGUCGGGGCCGGUAGUUCGGUCUUCUCUUCACUUGGGGGCUGCGCAUCCUACACGCAGCGCUGUCAAGUCACGGCAGUGCUUCCAUUCGCGUUCUCUUCUCUAGUACUCUCCUCUCUGAUUCUCUGUUCUCUUUCUCUGGUUCUCGAUUCACAGUACUCUAUUUCUCGGUUCUCCCACACUUCCCUCCCAGGCUUGGGCACCUCUCACUUCGCAGGCAAUUCUCGGUGCUCUUGCCUCGGAACUUGGCCGUUGCCCAAAACCGCCGUAGCGGUUGCCAUUCUCGACCUCCUGGUUCACCAAGUAUUAGAAUAAUUUAGCGAACGGGUGUAGGAUGGACUUGGAUGGGUCGGAUGGAUCGGGUCGACCCCCCUAAGUCUUCCGAUCCUACCUGAAAUGAUGGGAAGUCCACUCGUUCCAUCCGAUCCAUCCCCUCUUGGGGCCUGGAUCUGACACCCCUAUAAAUUAUUCUCAUUUAUGUUCCAGGGCUCCGGGCUGAAAGCCCUCUGAUCUAACUUUUUGAGGAGAGGGCCUCCAGCCCCGGACCCUAUUUCUCGAGGGACUACCGGGCGGGAAGGCCUCCAAAUCAAUGCCCACCUUCGAGCCCUCGCGGCUUCUUGCUUGUACCCUACAGAAGCCAAACCCCUGAGGCGGUUCAAGCAACGACGGCCGGGGAUGGAAGGCUUCUGAAGGCGGCAACGGUGGCAAGGCUUGACCCCCUUGCCGUGUUGCUUGCCUACAGGCCUCCCAUGCCGUGUUGUGUGUACUUAUCUUACAAACCUCCCGCGUGGGUGCGGGCUCCUCACUGGGAGAGCCCUUUGGGAGGUGGGAGGCCUCUGAGGGCAGCAGGUGGCAAGGCUUCACCCCUUUCGCCGGGCUGCAUGUUGUCGACUGAACCCAGGCGGGCACGCCUUGCUCCCCCUCCUCUUCGCCUUUGGUCUUUAUCUCCCCGGGCGUUUGGUGGCGGCUGAUGCUGCCACCAAUUGGGGGGAUAAGCGCCAAAGGGGCCACGCCUCGCGACUGUGGCCGCCUUCGGCGGCUAGGCUUUCCUCCCCCGGAGGCUGUCCCCUUGAUAGGGUCCAAGAGUCGGGACGCCUGUGCGUGGGGUGCACGUGGAGAGCCGCCAGGGGACUCCGGCUCCGCCUUUUGAGGCUUUCGCACCGGGCAGUCUUUGCAUGUCACCACAGCGGAAAAACGGGCGCGCGGACGCCGCCCCCGCUCCAUCCAAAGGGGGCGCCCACCUCCUUGGUGUUACAUAGAUCCACGCUGUUCCCUUCGAAGUCUUCACUUCACACUACAGCCCCGGCGGAUGUUCUCACGCUUCAAUUGGCAGCAUCUAUUCCGCGCUCGGGGCUUGUGGGCUAGUCUGAAGUGCUGGCCUGCAGGCGAAAUCAGUUCUUUCGCUCUUGUCGUUCUCUCAUGAUUCAUGUCGAUCAAGAACCAUUGGGCCGGCUAUGUCCCUUCUUCGUAGCUGCGUGCCUCGCCAUCUCAGGCAGACUCCUUGCAGACGAUGUGACUUGGAUGCCUAUCCUCAGCCUGUAUGAAAAUUCGCCGCUCCGUCAUCGGUUUGCGUCUGUCACAGGAGAAAUUUGGAACAAGCGGAAAAGAAAGAUGCUCCGUUGCCUUUUGCGUAAAGAAAAGGAGAAGAGAAAGAUGCUCUGUUUCCAUUACUUUUAGGAGAACUAAAUUUGAUGUUCUUGAGCUGUAUCUUCGUGAAUAUACAGGCUCGAAUACGACCACCCGCAUUCGAUGUUUCCAUGAAUCAGCAUCGUACUAAUAUUGUUGUUGCAGACGAGCAACAGUUGUUCUCAGUCCGGGCAUAAUUCCAAUUUCUAUACAGAGGCUCCAAUACGAAUAUCAUCCGCGUUCCAUUUUCCCAACACCCAACAAGUUAUGAGCGAGUCAAUGGGAGUACCCCAACCCCUCUUCACUAAAGAAAGUUGCUACGCAUUUCCAAGAAGGUUGCUGUGCCUUUCCAUUCCAAAAACUUUCAGUUCGUUGAUAGAUGGUUUUUU